AUGUCAAGACCUUCCCUUUUGAAAAAGCUCAAUGUCAAAUAUCCGAUUUUGCAAUCGCCAAUGGCGGGUGUAUCAACCCCAGAGAUGGCAAAAGCAGUGACUGCAGGAGGUGGACUUGGUGCUCUCCCACUUGCGCCAUUGGACUUCACUCGUGAUGAUUCAACAUCAUUUGAUAAAUUGGAUAAAUUGGUUGCAUCUGCCGGUACCAAUGCCGUCAAUUUGAAUUUUUUCUGUCAUGAGAUUGAACUGGCUCCGGGUCAAUUACAAGUGGAGAAUUGGAAAACCUUAUAUAAUGAUGGAGUCAUUGAUACAAAAUUUAAAAAUGUUAUUGAUACUAUAAAGUUUUCCAAUGGUAACGUAUCAUUCAAAGAAGUGGAGGAGGAUCAAAAGAAACUUGAAAAAUUGAUUGAGAAACUAAAAUCAAUCAAACCGGCCAUCAUAAGUUUUCAUUUCGGUAUUCCUUCGAAUAACACAAUUGAUGAAUUGAGAAAGUUUUCGUUAGUGUUUGGUACCGCUACGUCCUUGAAGGAAGCUCUCCAUUUAAGCAAGAAUGGAUUUGAUGGUAUCAUUCUUCAGGGAAUCGAAGCUGGCGGUCAUCGAGGACAAUUCUUGGACUCGUUUCAACCCCAUUUAGAUGAAGAUUUAUCAACACAAGCACUUUUCCAUAAAGUGAAACAGAAUUUGGGUAAUGAUGCCGUUUACAUAGUUCCUGCUGGUGGAAUCACCACUGCCAACUCAGUCAAACACUACUUAGAUCAUGGCGCUGAUGCAGUUCAAAUAGGUACUGCAUUCUUAGCAACUCCAGAAUCAGCAACUUCAAAAUUUUACAGCAAGUUAUUGGGUCAAGAAUCAACGGUGAUGACAGCUUUGAUUUCCGGUAAACCAGCACGAUGCAUAAGGACCCCGUUCAUUGAUGAUAUUGUCAAGUCAAAUCGAUUUGAGUUACUGGAGUUGCCACCAUAUGGGUAUGCUUAUGAUGCAUACAAGAAACUAAAAGGGGAGCUUAGCUCCAAUGGAGGUCCAGAUAUUGGGUUUUAUCUAGCUGGACAAAACCAGUUUCAAAUAAGCAAAGACAAGCUGACGCUAGAAAUUAUGAAUGAGUUGACUAGUGGGUUGAGCUAG